GUCACACCGCACGCUGCACGUGCAGUUUGGAGUCAACAUAGCCCGCGACGGCGGACCCUCUGCCGGGACACUUCGGGCUAGUGCGGCGGGAAAAUAGAUGAGCGACGGAUGCGCCACAAUCGGUGGUACAAUCCAGUGGUGUGCAGGACCGCACACUAGGGGAGGCAGACCGAGACGCAAGGGGUGCCUAUAAAAGCUCAUCCAUAUUCAUGUCGGUCGUAUCAGUUGAGCGUUGCCCGGGACCAGGACCACCCGCCACCAGCAAGCGCACGGACACUCGACCCCGACCGGCAGCGAUUUACGGGAGAGCGCGCGUACCAAUCGGGACCGAUCGCGCACAUUAGCGGUGCAUCGUAAUUGCCGUACAAUUAUUGGUAAUUUCUCAUAAUAUCUUGCACACGCCAUCGUCAGCAGUAUGCAGCGACGAAACGCCAGUGGAGGGGGGGUUGCCGUAUUGCUUACGGCGAUCAUGGCACUGCUCCCGACCGGAUGUGACGCGUCGCUCGAUGUGCCGCAUCUUACCCUGUCGAAGAGCUUCUCGCGCGCGCUGCAAGACUGCAUGGAGUACCUGCAGGUGCCGGGCUACCGGUACGCCGAGUACGCCGCAAACAGCUUUCCCGACGAUCCCGAAACCAAGUGUCUGCUCCGGUGCGUGGGUCUGAAUCUGCGCUGGUGGAACGACACCACCGGCAUGCAGACCGCCGUCAUCGAGGGCUUUUUCCAUCCCGAUCCGCUCGACGAGCUGUACGAAAACCGCACGGCGGAGUGUUUGCGUAAGGAGCUGUCGCACGCCGAUACGACCGACUGCUGCUGUUUGGCGUACGACAGCUUCCGGUGCUAUCUGCAGCACUACGGCAACUUGGUACCCUGCGCCCGGUUCUACCCGGAGGAUGAGACGAGAUUCGUGCGGGCGGCACAGGACUGUAUCGAGUUUCUGCAGAUACCGCACAAGCUGCUGAAGAGCUACAGUGCCGGCAGCUUCCCUGAUGCGCCCGAAACGCGCUGCCUGCUGCGAUGCUUCUUCCUGCGCACCGGUGUGUUCCACGUCGACACGGGCUUCGAUGUUGAGCGGUUGUAUACGCGUGACUACGAACAGCCGGACGAGCGCUAUCUGGCACAGGAAACCGAAGCCAGGCUACACAAGCUGCGCGGUUCCACCGGUGACCAGUGCACGGAGGUGUACCUUGCGUAUCGGGAUGUGCUUGGCGAGUUGGGCAGGGCGUACUAUGAAUACGAUGUGCUACAGGCGGCAGCCGCCAAGAUGACGGUGUGCGAGGUGGCCGUAGAACCACCAGCAAUGACCACCACCACUACCACUACCACCACCACUCCCACAACCACUACAGCGUGUCCUUCCACGACCGAGUUCAACUACAAGGAGCUGAACUGUCAGAACUGUGGGCGAUUGUUCAUAUCCAACAACGGUCGAGUGUCGUGCUGCAGGUGUAUGAAGUCCUCCACACCGUUCGGCAAGUUCUUCUUCUAGAAGCUCGUGUGUUUGCUUUGAGCGCUAAGUUUGGUUUAAUAAUUUAUUACUCUAUCAGUUAAUAAAAGGUUUAGUACACAUUUGAUGAAACGCCUAUCUCAUUCUAAGCUGCAUAAUUCCGGAAUGUGUUGUCCAUGACAUGAGAUGUCCAAACCGCACGCGUAAGCGCGGACUUGUUUCACAACAAUUAGAAGCCAUCCCAACACGGACAGUGGCCCGCUAGUGACCACACAGUGUUAUUUAUGUCUUGCCACUCCAAAACAAAACGUGCGCUUUUGUGCCACAUUCCUCGUAACCAAAUGCAUUCCGUGCGUAUGACGCGUGAGUGCGCGUUAUG